CAUCAAUAAGCGCUCUCCCCAGGUUGUUUCGUUUUCGUCGUUACUGGCUCGACGUUUGGCUCCUUAAUGGCGUCGGCUAGUGAUCUUUUAUCAACCUUCAAAAAGGAUUUGGAAAAUCUCAAGGACAAUGAUAAGUACAAAAUAAAUGCUUUGACUAUCUUUGCGCGCGAUCAUAAAGAUGCCGUCGGGGUUGCUCAGAGCAUUGUGGAUCUUACUCUUAAGCAUGUUCAAAUGAUACCGGCAGGAUUGAAGCUACUUGGCUUGUACGUAAUCGACUCAAUAGUUAAAAAUGUAGGUACACCCUACAGAAAGUUGUAUACCGUGGAUAUUGUUGAUGCCUUUGUGCAUUCUUUUCAGUCGAUACGAGAUGAGAAGGGGCGUUUGAAACUGUACAAUUUGAGGACAACAUGGAAAGAUAUAUUUCCAAAUUCUAGGAUGUAUGAAUUGGAUAUUCGAGUGCGUGAGCAUGAUCCAGCUUGGCCUCUUUUAGCCAGCGCUCCUGAAGCGAAAGCUGCGUUUAGAUCUCUACCAAAUGUCCCAAAAAUACAAACUAAAACGGAACCUGUGAUAGUUAGUGUCAAGCAGGAAGCGAAGGAAACUUCUUUGACGACGAAGACCGUUAUCUCGGCCUCACGUGAUCCGCGGCUUAAUCGGAAACGAAAGUCACCCCAAGAAGCUCAUUCAUCUGAAGAGUACCUUAUCGACCGUUCAGGUGAUCAAAAGAUGGAGUCAGUUGCUCGAAAACAAGGUAAACAGGCGGAUGCUAGUGAGUCGUCUAAGAAGGUUAUGUUGUUUGGUGGUGAGGACUGUGAUAUGCGUUCACAAAACACUGUUCCACCUUCUCCCGCUAGAUCAUCAGGUUGGUCAGAUUACAUUGGAAAGCAUAGUGAAGUCUGUUCUCGACGAGAAACGAAAGACAUAGAUAUGCGUUUUGCCCUGUCAGACCCUCCACUUGCCUGUUCUCCAAGUUUCAAUAUUUCUGAGAAGAUAUCGAAAGGGCCAUUAGAUGUGUUAGCUGUUAAUAAACCUGACGCCGUACCACCAAUCCCUCCUGUAUCCAUGUACGACACAUCAGAAGAACGCAUUCCACCGAGUGAAGUACAGUCUGGAAAGAGUUUUAGUAAUUCUAAUCCAGACAUAAAAUUACGCCCUGAAGUUUUGAAAUCUGAAAAUAUUCCACCUCGAUACUCGAAAGUAGAUAAUUUCGUACCAGUGAAGGAACAUCAUCCACCACCUCGCAUUACAGAUUUCCCCAGAGAAAGACCACAGUUAAAUCCAUCCUUCCAGCCACCUGCAAUCCCACCUAUUCGUGGGCCACCGAUUCGUGGUCCUGUAUGGAGUGUUGAAAUCAAUGGAUUUCCAGACAUGGUUAAUAUUGGCGUCGAUCCACGAAUGCUCAGUCUUGUAACUCAUCCCAAGCCACCAAGACGGAUAACUAUUGAUGGUCAACAGUUCACACUGUUAUUAGAUAGAGUUCAACCAUUGAUAGCAAUUGGGGAUCGCAUACAUGCUGUACGAUUCCGGUGUGAGUUUGCUACUAUUGUUAUUGAUGGUCAUUGUUUCAACAUUCCUGGCACAGGUUUUACUCGUGUUUCCAUUGGACCUAGAUUCUAUGUGGCAUACCUAGGUGGUCCGGGUCAUGAACUUGUUAUCGAUGGUCGUCCACACACUGUACCUACAACAUCUCACCUAACUUUUAUAAAUGUCGGUCUUCAUUCAGUCGGUGUAAAAUUUGUUGGAAAUGUGCCAAGGAAUGUUAAUGUCUUACCACCUAUUCCUCCUCGUCUAUUGAAGUGGGCAGGUCAAGGUUUGUUUGGUUCACCUAAAAACCUGUUUAUGGCACCACUCAAUCCAAUCAAGGAACUUGCACGUCUCGCCGAACAUGGAUAUAGUUCAAGAAACCAUGCUUUUGUAAACAGACCUGUAGGCAAUGGAAAGCGACUGUCACCUAUGCGUCCUACAGAUACUCCAAAUAUCAGUAAUCAAAGUAAUGGACAAAAAUUACCAGAGUUUGUCAACCCUGAUACCAGUUGUAAGAGCGAAAAACCUAUACCAAACAAAGAUGAGAGCUCAUCAAAUACAAGUACUCCGCUUAAUAUAGAUGUGCAUGAGUUAUUCAAAAAGUUGGUUAAAGCUGGUAUAGUGCCCAGUACAGAACAUGAGAAGAAACCAGAACCUCCUGAGCUAGGGAGCUACAGCUGGGAGCGUUUUAAGAAUCCAUUCGGUGUUGAGAUUGACGAAUUAUAUAAUGGUCACCAAUGUGGUCAGUGUGGUCUACGUUUCCAAAGUGACCUUUCACCGGAGUUUGCAAAGCACCUUGAUUACCAUUAUAUGAAGAAUUCGAGUUAUGGACAAGAGCGACGCAGCCGUAAUUUCUAUCAACCAUUACAGUAUUGGCUAAUUAGUGAAAUGACACGAGAGGGCGCCCCUCAGUUCGAGCCUGGUAGUCCGAUCCACGAUUUACAAGAGUACAAAUGCACAGCAUUCGCGGAUCCGUCGAAAAAUGUGUGUGCUGUGUGUUACGAAAGUUUUGAAGUAGUUUGGGAUCAUGAAGAAGAAGAAUGGAUGCUACAAGAUGCUAUUCGAGUUGAUGACAAGGUAUAUCAUCCUAUUUGUCAAGAAGAUGCAGGAAAAGAAUUCUCAAUUAAAGAUGUAAGUUGAAUUUAUCGCAGGUCGAUUUUUCUCGUAUUAACUUGUAUAAAAUUGUUCUUUGUUAUUACCCUUAUAAUACAUUUAAAUGCGUAUCUGACAAAGGUGAUUGUACACUCAAUUUUAAAUGAAUGGUAAAUUUAAAUUAAAUUACUAUGAAUUCUGGAACGCCUGAUUUUUAAUGUCUGAUAAACCCUAGUUAAUAAUAUUUCAUUUUCAUAUAUUGACCACUGAAUUCCCUAACUGGUGCUUCAAUUUUUAAAGUCCUGUAGUGAACAAACAGUAUAGCAAGUUUGGAGUAUACAUUCAUUUAGUAACAGAUCCCCGGCCUCAUCUGAUACCGUGACUUGGUAGUCGGAUUGGAAUAUCUUAAAGAUAUAAUCGAGCUAUAUUGGCUGAAACUUGUUAUUUGGGUGCUAAUACGUAGAAUAUAGUUAGAGAGCAGUAAGAUUAAAGGUGCCAAACUCAAAGUCCAAGAGCAAAGUUGUUCUGAGAACUGUACUUAAAUGUGAUGGUAGUAAAGUAUUUCUUUAAAAAAACUAACCUCUCCAGCGAUACUACAUCCUCACAAUGAAAGAAAGGGAUCAGAGAAGGUUGAGUCUAAAAGUACCGCAUAACACCUUGCCCCGCGGGUCCCUAUCACUGACGGUAAGUUUUAAAAGGUACAAAGCUGAUACAUCUGGGUCAAUUCACGUAAAAGCUAUGUGUGGUCAGAACCAAGUAGUUAUGUCUUUAACUCUGCGGUCGCACUCCUAGGCUAAAACCACCCCUUAUUAUUUAUUUAUUUAUUUAUUUUAACACAUAGAUAUUGGUACAAGGAGGCACCAAAUACAUAUGCGCCACAUGAAUCUCAAUUGAUUUGUGUGAGGGCUGUGAUACUGCUCGGGUGCCCAAACCGAAACAGGUGGUUUUCUUAGGGGGCCACACCCCGAGCCUUCGACCUGAAUGUCUGACCCACAAGGCAGUGGGGCAUCGUGAGGAGAUGCAGUCUCAUGGUAGCCGGUGACCAACGAUUGGUUCAUACGCCAUUUGUUCCUUCAGGAUACUGGAGUUAGCCCAUGUGCACCAUUGAUUUGGGGUCCGGUUAAAGCGCCGGACAUUCGCUUUUCGUCCUCUCAUUUUCGUAAACAACUACCCCGCCACGAGAAGGCAGUGAGUAGGACUUCACUGGCAGAGGCUAUAUACGCGUGGCCAUGUGAGAGCAUUUCGAGAGGGAGAGCGGACUCUCCCCACUCUCGGCGGUACCGAGUUUCCACUUCUGAUCCUUCAUGAAGAAGUAUCCUUCAGGAGUGUGUGUAACGAGAAAGUGACAACCACCCUCAUAUCUCUAACAGCACUUGACUAAUAACAGAUUCCUCGACCAUCUUGAGUUCUAAAUAUUUGUAACAAAAUGGGAUGACUAACUUGAUGUCUUCCCCCAAAAUAUUGUACACUCAAGUGUUCUUAAGCUCAUGGAUCAAUGUUACUUUUGCUAUUUGGUUGUACAUCAGAUAUUUUGUUCAUUACUAUUUGCUUUACACAAUUAAUAUUUGAAUUUAUUCUAGGAAAAGAAAUUUCCUUCACCUGAUCCUACUGAAAAUAAUACAGAAUCAACUUCCUCACCUGAAGGUGUUAAAGAAGAUGCCGGGGAUGAAAAUGCAUUUACUUGUGAUGAUUUUUCAACGAAUACAGUUAUUCCUGGUCUUUCACCUUCUACCUCUCCACAACAAUGUGAAUCAGAGAUGUCACCGUCAAAUACGGAACCUGAAUGUGAAUUUAAUACUUCGGCGAAAACUGAGUCAAUUUUGUCCAACUCAACAAUUAGUGCAGAUCCUUUGGCUGCUUUAAAAGCUGUCUUAAAAGGUGAUAUAUCUUCACUUAGCGCUCAAUCUCAUUAACAUCUGAAUCAAUUCACUUAUUAUUAUUAAUAUACCUUUGUACAUAUACUACUACAGAUUUCUAUUCAUAUGAAAUUGUGUAUGAAUUCAUUUUUUGUAGAGCUUGUAAAUAUUUCAUACAAAUAAAUGGUACCAUUUUACAAUGUCAUAUGUUAUUAAAAAUGCUCAUUGGCUAAUUAAAUAUAAUACGGUUAUCAUAUAUG